AUGGAUCCAGAUUUGCUUCCGCCCGCGUCGGCACCGGACGCUGCGUACUCUGUCGUCGCUGGCUCGUUUCGUUCGCUGUCGCUGGCGUUGUUGGCGUUCUACCCGUUGAACAAGACCCUUGAACACGUCGCGACCGUUCCAGCGUUUGGGCCACACCAGUAUCUUGCAACGACACCAAGAAAGGAUUAUGUCUAUACCACGAGUUGGGCGACACCACCGAUUCUGUCUAGUUGGAGGACGACGAGGACGAACGAGAGGGUGGACGGCUUGGAACACGUCAAUACCGUUCCAAUAACGGCGACGUCGUCCUAUAUCAACAUACCACCACCAUACACGUUCAUUUACUCUGCUGGGGGGCCCACCGGCGAAGUGCAUGAGUACGACCCGCAAACUGGCGGCUUUGGAAGAAAGGUUCAACAAGUCCUUUUUGUCCCUGAGGAUGAGCUGGAGAAAGCAGACAAAUCGCGGGUUGCACUGCGAUAUGGAUCCCACGGCGUUGAAUUCUCUUCCGAAGGAGACGGAUUCAUCCCUGUUCUUGGGACGGAUUCGAUUGAAAUGUAUCGCAAGGAUCCUGAAACUGGAGAACUCAUCCACAUCUCAUCCAACGGGUCACCCCGCGGUACGGGCUUGCAUGAUGGGCCACGACAUGUCAAAGUGCACCCAAACGGGAAGGUCCUGUAUUGCGUGGCCGAACAUACGAAUUUCGUUGACGUUUACCAUAUCCUCCCUGACAAACUCCAGCCAGUCAGCAGCCAUUCGAUUCUCCCUCGCCAUCUCUCCGAGUCAGACGGUGAUGUAAAGUUUGAUGACCCUCACACAAAGUCCAAGUACCGAGGAGGCACUCUAAUGCUGACACCCUCGACACCGGAGUACCCAGCUCCCAUCGCUUUGUUCACUACAACUCGCGGGGCAACGUCCACCGAAAAAGGUUGGCUGUCCAUCUUCAAGCUCGACGCCGAUGGGCACAUAAUAGACAACGAGUCCCAUGACGAAACAAAGGGACCUCAGUCGCCGCUAUCGCAAUCUGUUAUCCGUUUCGAAACGCCCACGUCUAGUGGGAAGGCCAAUGCUCUGGACAUUCGGUCGAAAGACAAUUCUCCUGGUGUCUGGGUCCUCCUAACGGACGACGACAAACAGGCAGACGAACGAGGGGCUGUGAGGGUGCUGGAAUGGGAUGGCUGGGGCGAUGAGCUUGGGUUACGGAUAGUUGCUGAGUGGCCGAGCUCGGUGGACUCUCAGCCAGAGGCCCAACCCGAAUCUCGGGCAGAGGACCCACAGCGGUUUACGGGCGCCAGUCACGCGAUAUGGUUGGAUUAG